CUAAGGGUCUAUCUUAUCCUUAAAAAUGUUUCCACAUGUGACAAGUUUUGUUGAGCUAGUUGGUGAAUUGCGGAGGUGCUGCGUUUUUUUAUAAUUUCUCCGUCAGCUCCCUAGGAAGGUAAUAAAAUUCAUGAAUACAUGUUAAAGGGCAUGUAGCAAAUAAAAUGAAUUAGUACUCGUUUUACUCGAAAUCUAAUAAACUUUUUCAUUGUUUCAAAUGUUACUCUUGAGAUAACAAGCAAUUUAUUUGUCCAUUUUCUCUUCUACAGACAUGCUUCGUUUGUUGAUGAAAUUACCAGGGACAGAGUGCCAACCAACCUGUUUCAAAAACUCCUCUUACAUAUUUUCGAAAGGCAAAAUUUACAGGUUUUAUAACAAUGAAGUCUGCUCCAUCUUGGGAGGUUAUUUAGUCUCAAUCGAGACUGAGGAAGAAUGGCAGUUUAUCAAUCAUGAGAUUCAAAAGCGUGCUACUUGGAAUACUUCGACUAUUAAUGCGUGGCUCAUUGGUUUGGAGAAGAAAGACGGGGUUUGGAUAUGGAAGAGUGGACAACAGCUGAAUAUUUCGAAAUGGCGAGAUUCUGAGCCAAAUGGGAACGACGAAAGGGCGGAAAUAUCCAUGAAUGGAAGCCUCUUUAAUGGUAUCUCUCGGAAUGAUAAAGGAGAUGCCUACAUUUGCGAGAUGCCAAAUAUAACUUUUAAAAACUCUUGGUACAUAAUUUCGGUGGAUGGAGAGUCAUGGUACUGGAGUAGACACACUUGCUCAAGUCUAGGAGGGGACCUAGUUUCCUUUGAAACCCAAGAAGAAUGGAGGUUAAUUAAUGACGAAAUUCAAAGGCGAAACACUACGAACUAUGAAAAUAAAUGGAUAAUUGGUUUAAAAAAAAGGGCCAGGAAUUGGACCUGGGUGAGUGGAAGACCGCUGACUAUUUCCAAGUGGGGACAAGGGGAGCCAAGUGGUGAACACGACGCGGCUUUCAUGUACAAGAGGUUCCGUAAUGGCGAACGGGGCGUGUUUGGUACUCCUAAUAAUGAAAGUUGGAAAAAACAGCACGCUUAUAUUUGUGAGAUCCCUAAGG